AUGGACAUUGACGCAAGCUCACCGGAUGAUGACCCUAUUAUCUCCUCCUACAACGUCUUCAUCAAACCCGCCCUGCCGGCGCAUAAACGCCUCCUCGUGCUGCAACAUCCCAACCGCAUCGACGGCAAGAAAGCAUGGCGCCCGCCCACCGAGGUGCGCGUAAAGCCCGGCUCGGGCAUGAUCGAGGUCGACUUCCCCAUGGACCACUCGCAGUGCUACGACAAGACCAAGGGUGUCGCCUGGGGCAGCGCGCUGCAGAAGUCGACGGCGCAGAAGAGCGGCGGCAGUCACGGCCUGGCGGGCGGCUUCGGAGUCGGGGCGCCUGUACGCACGCGAGGCCGAGGCGCCGCCGGAGACGACGACAACAUAGAUUGGGCGGAGGCGCUGCGGCAAGAUCGCGUGCUGCGGACACAGACCCUCGGCGGACAGUGUCCUGAGACGAAGGACUGCAGGUAUAUGGUUGGCAUUUUCCAGGGAGCUGCGGAGCAGGAAAAACUGAACAGGCCUCGCGAAGGGCCAGGAGUCGGCGCUGGACCACCAGCGGGCGGGAAGGAUGGCACUGCCCGCGCUAUUCACAUGACUAUUAAAUCCGCCGGCGCCGAGGGCGAGCAAGUUGUCACAGAGACCAUGGCUGACCGAUUACGACUGGUACAGUCCGAGAGUUGGCAGCGGAUGGUCUACGUGGAUGAUCAAGAUCAAAGUGCUUGGGAUGCAUACUACGGUACUCUAGUUGUCCGACCAGAAGGGCAGGAUGCAGUCGAGGGCGAUGGCGCCAAUCCUAAUUUAGAGGAGCAGGUUCCCCAGCUGGGCACUCAAUGGGUUGAGGACGAUCUUCUGCGUGCGGUGAGUGGGAUUGAGAAGGUCGAGAUCAAAGAGGAGGUAGAUGAGCCUACUAAGGUGGUCGAGAAGAAAAAGCCCGGAAGGCCCAAGGGGUCAACUACAGCAUCGAAGAAGGCGGCCGCAAAAGGUAAAGCGCCUGCUGCUUGA